CAGUCUACCAAAGCAUCUUUUAUCUGAAGGAACUUAAUGGAGGGAAGUCAAUGACAAGAUCAACAACAUAAGGCACAUUUGAAAGUACACAAAAGGGGGUUAAAGUGCAAGAGAUUUAAGAGUUUGACGACUCCUCGAACGAGUGAAGGACCAUGAGUACCUUUGGGUACCGUAAGGAGCUGAAGAAGAACGAGGAGGUGGACGAGGACGAGCUGCUGGCCACUCUGUCCUCCGAGGAGCUGCAGGAGCUGGAGAGGGAGCUGGCCGUCCUCGAUGACAACGUCCCCAUCGGCCUGAGGCAGAAAGACCAGACCGCCAAGAUCCCAACUGGGACCUUCGAUAGGGACGCCUUGAUGAAAUACUGGGAGGACGAGAACAAGAAGCUGGUGGAGGACGAGAGGAUGGAGGACAGACAGGAGGGACGCCAAGAUAAGAGCAGAGGGGAAGGAGUGACAGUAACCACCGACACCCCCGGCAAGACUUCAGACAGCGACAGGAAGAAGAUGUUACCAAAGGGGAAGAGAGCACAGAAUGUGUCAAGCGAAAACGAUGCAAAGGAAGAUCAAACAGAAAAGAAAGAUGAGUGUAAAAAGGAGGCUCCAAUCAGGAUUAAAUGUCCUCUGAAGAACGGUCUGUCAAAAGUCUCAAAGGGUGAAUUGAAGACGACUGAAACCACAGAACAAAACACAAACACAAUUUCCGACAGAGCGAGUGGGAACACUAUUGUCAUCGAUGAAACUCUGAAGCAGAUCCUGAGUAACGACCCCACCGUAAGUGAAGUCAACCUCAACAACAUUGAAGAUAUUUCCCAGGAAACCUUGCUUCGUUUCCCUGAGGCCCUUUGCACAAACACUCAUGUCCACGUGUUCAGCCUCGCCAACACCCACGCCGACGACCGGGUUGCCUUCGCCGUCUCCAAGAUGCUCCGUGAGAACCGCUUCAUCAGAAACCUGAACAUCGAGUCCAACUUUGUGUCUGGUCAGGGCAUCCUGGCUCUGAUAGCAGCGCUGCAACACAACCAGAGCCUCGUGGAGCUCCGAUUCCACAACCAGAGGCACAUUUGCGGGGGGAAAGUGGAGAUGGAAAUGGUCCAGUUGCUGAGGGAAAACACAACCCUGCUCAAGCUUGGAUACCAGUUCGACCUUCCUGGGCCGAGAAUGACGUCGACCAGCAUCCUGACACGCAACCAGGACCAGCAGAGACAGAGGAGGCUCCAAGAGAAGAAGGAACACAGUCCUCCAGAGGUCUCGGGACAAGGUUUAUCUGCAGAAAACACACUUCCAAACAAGCCAUCACAAUCUUCUAAGACUGUUGAAAAGCAGAACAGAAAUCCCCCCCUUCCUCCUCCUCCUCAUCCUCCUCCUCCUCCUCCUUCUUUAGCAGUGCCUACGAGGAAGAUAUCCGAAAUGGUCAAACAGCACGAAUUCUCAAACAACACAAAGACGCAGUCAAACCAAAAGAAGACAAAGACGAAGAAGCUCAAGAAUGGCGCCAAUGAAAAGGAGAGCGCAGAUAUUUUCAAAGACCUGAAGAACACCUUGAAGCCGUCCAUCCAGAAGAGACGAGACGAACCGACACACCUGCCGCCGCCUCAAAGGUCAGGCCGCGACGACCUGAUGGCGGCGAUCCGUGGGAGCAGCAUCGGGUCCUUAAAAAGGGUGGAUCUGUCCCAGGCCUGAACUCACCUGCUCUACAAACCUGAACACCUCUCACUUUUUAUAAAGUAUUUCAUUUUUAUUUCACGCUUAAAUGUCACUUUUUGAACCGUAUCUUUUUUAACUUGUCACACGGCGUAGCAGCAGACUGCUGAGUGUUUUGUUACCGUGUGGAACUCACUGUGAACUCUGAUGUGUCGAGAAAUAAAGUUUGGAGCAAAUCCUUCCUGAUACAGA